AGAGAAGGCGUCGAAGCACGUACACAAACGUCCCGUAUACAGUAGGCACAGAGAGUUGUGGUGGCGUCCAAGAGGGCACAUACUGUAACGGUCCACUUGAGCCAGAGACGGAAUAUAUAUUUGUUGCUGUUGUUUGUACCAGUACGGGAUGUACAGUCAGCAAAAAAUAUGGACCAUUCAUUACAGAGAAGGCAGAAACGAAGAACACAGUGUGGGAAUCGAAAAUAGCACUGUCAAGGUUUCAACAAAAGAUGGCAUUCGUUUAAUCGUCUACGAAAAUUUUAUGUCAGGAAACCAUGGAGAGCUUAAACCUGCUGACCAAAAUUACAAUACCGUGAACAUUUCUGGCUGUUGGUCUGAAAAGGAUUAUAAGCUUUGCUUUGCCCCAACGAUUGAUAACGUCAACCAAUUUUGGACAAUGAUUUUUGAGGAGGAAGUUAACACCAUUGUUAUGUUUGCUGAAAGUAAAGCUCAUAAGAAAGAAUCGAGGUAUUGGCCAUUUGAUUUUAAUGAACCAACAAACUACGGGCAUGUAGAUUUGGAAACAACAUACCUGAAUACACACGAUGCCUAUACUCAUAUGAAAAUGAACAUCUGCAACAGAGUAACGACAAGAACUAUUAACCACUUUCAAUGCGCACCAGUCUUCAUGUUUAGUCCAGAUGGAUUCGUUGACUUUGUAAAGUGUGUGAGAUCAAACGUUAAAGCUGGGCGUAUCCUUUUGCACUCAAGCGAAGACCUGGCAUCUACCGUUCCGUUCGUGGUACUGGAUACAUGUAUACAGCAACUUUCUGAUGGGGCCUUGGCAGAGAAAGUAGACGUCUAUAAAAUGUUGGUGAAUAUUGUGAAGACGCGCAAAGACCUUAUGCCUCCACAGGAAUUGUUUAUUUUUACCCAUGACUGCGUGCAAGGUCUCGGAAGUUGUGACUACGCACCGCUCCAAAACACGGCACAAAUUGAAAGUGUUUAUCAAACGCUGCAAGUCGAUGACUGAAGUCCGAAGCUAGGUCUGCUGCUGAAUUUAUUCUUUACCAGAUCCAUAGUAUCCAAGUGUUUUGUGAUAUAUUCUAUCAUAUUAUAUAUUUGCUGUAAUCGUACUUAUAAUAUAAAAUAGUUAUACGGAUACGUUUAUAUACAACAAAAAUACAAAUUAACGUUUUAUGGAUGAAUAAGUUUCCCGGUGAAACGUUUUGGCUUUAUGUGAUUAAGAGAUGUAAGCAUAGUUACGUAUGUUUUCAUACUGAAACAUGUACAAAUUUCCGUUUUCUUUUUUUUACAAUAAUUUGUAUAAAUAUAUGCUAUGGGCAUUUCCCGGUGAUAUGAACAAUUAAUACCACUCAUUCUAUCUUUAUUUAUACUGCAUGUGUGUUCUAUAUAUUUUACAUUUUAUUAAUAAACAACAUGAUAAUGGA